AUGCAACGGGAGGUGGUGCGCAUUAUGGUGUUUAGCCAUGAGUUUGCGGUAAUCACCGGGGACUUGCUUUCGCUCGUGACACGAGUUGUUGACUUGGUUACCCAGCACUCCCAGGCAGCUAGAGAAGACUGUAAUUUCUGGAGGGUGGUGGAAUCGGCUCAACUACUAGAAUGGUGUAUUCUAAACCAUCCUAAGGCAGUGAAGGCACCACAGCGGCCGCCAGUCCCACCGCCCGUUCGCGACGAUGAACCCCUUUGGCACGAUGCAGACUUUAUUAGGGAGCUGGACCAGGCUGUGGUAGCUGCCACGGGGGCUGUUGGCAUUGCAGAUGGUCCGGUGGUUGACCCACCAAACCAAAGGGAUACCACAUCAGUGUCUCAUCAGCUGCUUGACCAAGCUGAGAUAGCCCAAACAGAGACUUUAGGUGUGUCUGAUGUGCCAAGUUUUAGCCUAGGGCUUACUCAGGAGUUUGCAAACAUGAAACAGGCAGACAAGCAUGUCAACGCUCCGAACGACACGCCACUGCCUCCUCAAGAACUAGUUAUUGCACCAUGCACUGUGCCACGCAGGGUGGAUGUUCCAGGGCUUAAAGGGAAUGAACCACUCAUUCAACGGGACCGCUCUGCGGGCAUUUUUUCCAGCACCACUUAUGGCUAUCCAGCGAUCCCACUGCCGCAUGUGUAUGCUGUGUGGUUGUGGGUGUUUACAUGCCAGGAGGGAGACCGGAAUGAAGUGCUGUUCCAACACCCUCAGCGAACGGUAAAGUGGGCACAGUUCCAAAUGUUAAGAGAGGUCACAAGUGUGAACAGAACCGUGGUUGAUGCAUGGUGUUGUGUCCUCAAUUCCCGGGAGAAAUCAAGGAGGCCAGGUGUGCCGGCUCGUCUGUUUCUGCCGACUAGCACAACAAUUGGGAUGGUCGUUGGCAUCUCAGGUAGCGAGGAUGCAAGGGUCGCUUGGUUUCAGAUGCGUAUGGAUACGGUGUUGCAAAAUAUGGGAUAUGAUGGGACGGCCGACGUAGAUUCUUUCAUUUUCCCAAUUUUUGACAAGGGCACAUACUACAUGAUGGCGAUAAACUUUGAGUAUUCUCGGUUUGACAUCAUAGAUAGCUCGUCGGUAAAGAAGCCAAACAAGGAGUUGUAUGCGGGUGCACCGGGGGAGCUGACCAUGUGCCUAGCCAGUUACCUAGACUCUAAGCUGCAGGGUUUUCGCUCUGCAUGCCUACAAAUGAUGAAGCCAAAGAGAAUGCAAAUGGCGUGGAGAGAUACCACUUCUACUUCAGAUUAUGGGGUAUUCACAAUGCGACACAUGGAAGCGUACACAGGGCAGGACUGGGUAAGUUGGGAGACUGGAUUGCAAUGUGGGGAUGCCAAACAACUAGUGAACCUGCGCAAGCGGUACAUGCAUAACAUCCUGUUGAGCGUGGAAAAUACACAUGUAGAGAGCAUUGCAUCGCGUGUGGUGGAAUUUGGACGGCACAGAAAAGGACGGUUGCAUCAGUGA